GAAUCACACAAUAACGAUCAGGCGCAGACCCGCCUCCCGACCCAAACAGAACUCGAAAAGGUUGCCGAAGUAGAUAUCCUGGACAAGAAUGGCGAUAAGAAGAAGUUCAGCAGCCUCUGGAGUUCCCACAGUGACAAGCCGCGUCGUCGAACCAUCGUUAUUUUCAUCCGUCACUUCAACUGCGAGUCGUGCGCCGAUUAUGUUCGCGCAUUGACUGCCAAACUCUCUCCUGAAGAUCUGGCCUCUAGGUCUAUACAGACUGAGCUCUUCAUUGUCGGUUGCGGUAGCCAUACGUUUAUCCAGACUUAUAUCCAACGCACGGGCUGCAAGUUUGAGAUCUAUACGGACCCGUCACGCGUCACGUAUGAUACCCUCGGCAUGACUUGCAACCUGGGCCUCGGGAACAAACCGAAUUAUAUCACGAACAGCCUGAUGGGAACAUUGAUCGGGACCGGAAAUACGUUAAUGACCUUGCUCACGGAUUCCGGAAAGAAGAGCCAGAACGGUGGUGAGCUCAUCUGGGUCGAUGGCGAGAUCAAAUGGGCAAGGCGAAUGCAAAACACUCGCGACCACGUCGAGGUCGAGGAAUUGGAGCGCGUGUUG